UCCCUACUCGAUUCUUGAUGUAUUUCCAUUUAGUAUUUUGUACUCCACGCUGAGGAGUGUGCAAGUGAUCGAAGAACGUUGACUGAAGUAUAUCGUGAGAGUACUUGUAUAGAGAAAAGAUAAAACAUGGUGUAUUUCGUUCUAAAAAUGAACUGAGGUUACAUUUUAUCAGGAAGAUCAUUGGAUAUUUGAAGGUGCACACGAAUUUCGGGGCUAAGCCAAAGCUGGAGACGAGAACACUCACGUUUCAGUAUUUCGGAGAAAAUUUCACACUUUAUUCGUUAACGACUUCAUGAAACAUUUGAACGGAAUGGAGGGAAAGGAAGGCCAAUGACACUUAAAUCGGUGGAACUAGAAGAAAAUGCUUUGAACAUGAUUGGGGCCAAUCCAGAUACCUCUGCUAGAAAGAUUGGGAAUGCUUUGAAUGGGCACAAAGGGCCCUUGCCGCUGGACCCUGCCUGUGCCACAAUGACCCCUUCUAGCCCUGAUAUGGAUGACGGUAGUGGUAAACGACAGGCGACAAGAGUAUUCAAGAAGAGUUCUCCGAACGGAAAGAUAACAGUAUAUUUAGGAAAAAGAGAUUUUGUUGAUCACAUAUCGCAUGUUGAUCCUAUCGAUGGGGUAGUGCUGAUAGAUCCGGACUAUGUUAAAGAUAGGAAAGUUUUUGGUCAUGUUCUUGCUGCAUUUAGAUAUGGCAGGGAGGAUCUGGACGUUCUUGGUUUAACAUUUAGGAAGGAUCUGUACUUAGCCGCUGAACAAAUAUACCCGCCGAAAAAUUCUACCACUAAAAGAACUCCUACAAGAUUGCAGGAGCGACUAAUCAAAAAGCUGGGUCCUAAUGCCUUUCCGUUCUACUUCGAAUUGCCUCCACAUUGUCCUGCGUCGGUCACACUGCAGCCAGCCCCAGGUGAUACCGGCAAACCAUGCGGUGUGGACUACGAAUUGAAAGCUUUCGUUGGCGAAAACCAGGAGGAUAAACCCCAUAAGAGGAAUUCUGUUAGGUUAGCAAUACGUAAAAUAAUGUAUGCGCCGAGCAAGCAAGGGGAACAGCCGUCCGUGGAAGUUAGCAAGGAAUUUAUGAUGAGCCCUAAUAAGCUUCAUUUAGAGGCUUCCCUGGACAAGGAACUUUAUCAUCACGGUGAAAACAUCGCAGUCAACGUUCACAUAGCGAACAAUUCGAACAGGUCCGUCAAGAAGAUCAAGGUUUCCGUCAGACAAUUCGCCGACAUAUGCUUAUUCUCAACAGCGCAAUACAAAUGUACUGUGGCCGAAAUAGAGAGCGAAGCGGGGUGUCCCAUUGGUCCGGGUUUCACUCUGAGCAAGGUGUUCACCCUCACCCCCCUCCUGGCCAAUAAUAAGGAUAAGUGGGGUCUUGCCUUGGACGGACAGUUAAAGCACGAGGAUACAAAUUUAGCAUCGAGUACUUUAGUCGCAGAUCCAGCCCAACGAGAAAAUUUAGGAAUUAUAGUACAGUAUAAGGUCAAAGUCAAACUCUGUUUGGGAGCCCUUGGGGGCGAUCUGGUAGCUGAGCUACCUUUCAUUUUGAUGCAUCCUAAACCUGAGGAAGAACCACCAGAAUCUCCCUCUUGCCGUAGCAGUACUGAAAUGAAUACUGAUGUUCCUGUCGAUACAAAUCUAAUUCAACUUGAUCCCGAUGAAAACACGCUCCAGGAUCACGAUGAUGACAUAAUAUUUGAGGAUUUCGCUAGGCUUCGACUCAAAGGUGGAGAAACUGACGCUUGAAAAAAAAAACACAUGGUGCCGGCUAUUUUGGCCCCGUCCAUUUGUAACCUAAAGUUGUACCGACAUUAAUUGUGUAGUUAAGAUUAGGUGUAACCCAUGAUCCCGUUGUGUGCCCUAGUCAAUGGCUGUGCUGCCAGUUAAUUAACGGAUUGCACAUGAAUUAUUAUAUGUUUAGAGCAACCCUUCAUACCCUCAUCCUCCCAUCCUCCCUGUCAUCUAAACUGGCCCCCCUUUCCCUCGCUGCAUCUGUCUCUGCACCUAAUACAUACCCACUUGGUGUAAAUACGUGUUUCAGUUCAUAUAUUUGUACUUUACCGAUUUCGUAAUUUGGUAAGUUCCGGUGGAGGUGUCAAAUUUGUUUUUUUUUGUAAAGGCCUCCACAAUCUGAACAUUUUAGCAAUUUUAAUCAAAUAAAAUAUUCCGAAAUUUCAUAUGAGGUUAGUUGUGUAUACCUGUAACAUGUUUUUCUUUUGUGGCAUUGUCGACUAUUUUAACAAACUACUAACCGUUAAGUGUUAUAUGUAAAUUUACGGUGUUCUUCAUCAUCUCUCCUACAGAUUGAAUUUUAAGGAUAAAAAUUCUUAUGAGUAACACUUUCGAUUUUAUAUUUUAUAAAUAAAAUGUUUCAACAAAAUA